AUGGACGGAGACGGAUUCGACUUGUGGAGCUCGCAGCCGUCGGCGAGCGGCCUUGCCCGCGCCGGUCUCGACCUCAACUCGCAAGCGCCGGCGGCGGAGGGGUUCCUGGGGAUUCGGCUGUACGAAGACUUCCUCCAGGGCGAUGACGUCGAGCUCCUUCCUGGACGCGGCAGGGGCUCCGGCCUCCCUCCCUAUCGCCCACCGCGUGCCGGAGCAGGAGACGCGUGGGCGACUCUGGCGCCCCAGCAAGCCCGACAACUGCUCUUUGGUGGCUCCUCCUCGGCGGCAGCCGGUCGCGGAGGAGGAAACGGUGGCGGCUACACCGGCAGGUCGUCGUCGGGGGUAGGCGGUGGUGUUCGACAGCGCACUAACUCGGCCGCCACAGCAGCCGCCCGGCGUCCCCAGCGUACCAACACGGCUUCUCGUGGCAGCGGUGGCCAGGGCGUACCGCUUCCCCGAGCACCGAGGGCACCGAGGAGUGGCGUCCGUGGGCAAGCAUCCGGCUCCGGCGCUACCUUCAACAUUGACGAUGAAGCAAUGGAGGAUGACGUGGAGGAGUUAGCGAGCUCCGGCGGUCCCCCGGUGAGCCAUUCCAGUCGAGCCCAAUGGAAUGAUGCAAAUAAUGCUUGCUUGUUAGAAUUGUGCAUAGAGCAACGUAGAGCAGGAACGUAUAAUGGUUCACAAAUGAGUGGUGAAGGGUAUCAAGCCAUUGUCGAUGGCUUACUUGCCAGAAGAAGGUUGGUGUACACCCGUGGACAAGUGAAGAACCAAAUAGGCGUAUUCAAAAACACCCACGCUUUCUGGCGCUACUUGCAAACGCACACAGGGUUGGGGAGGAGACCAGAUGGAUCCAUUGAUGCAGAUCAUAAUUUCUGGCUAACUCACACAGAGAAAAAACCAUACUUAAAGAAGCUUCUGACGAGUCCUCCAGCAAACGAGGACUUGCUUGAUGAACUGUUCAGAGGGUACACUGUGGAUGGCACCACAGCCUUUGUGCCUGGUGAUGAUUAUGGUGACAAUGAGGGGCAAGAUGCAAGGACAGAAGAUGAAGAAGAAGAAGAGUUUGCACAAACACCUACAAUGAAGAGGAGCAAGAGCCCAAUGGUGAAGAUUGUGAAGGACAUAGCCAGUACCUUCAAAGAAUCUGUCGCAGCCAACACUAAGCAAAUCCAGAAACGUGCAAAUGACAAGGCUGCAUUUUCUGUCAAGAGGUGUCAGGAGCUGGCAUUUGAGUGUGGCGUUGAGAAAACCGUUGACUCUGUCUAUGCUAUGUCCAAGAUGUUCGAAACAGGGUACCAAAGGGAAUUCUUCUGUGGCCAAUUAACUCUUGAGCUUAGGUUGGGUUACUUCAAGAAAUGGUGCAGGGACAACAAUUUGGAGUAG